AUCUCGUCCGACUCAGCGCCACGAAUCUCUUUCUACUACAAUCAUGGUUUCUCGCAAUGGAGGCUCAAAGCCUGUCGACCUGCCCUCAAUGCGGCAAGACGUUCCAGCGCAAGGCCCAUCUCCUCCGACAUCAGCGUCAGCAUUCCGGAGAUCGCCCGUAUAGUUGUAAAUUCUGCUCCAAAACUUUCAAACGCAGCGAUGUCCUGCGAGAUCAUUUCAGUCGCUGCGACCGUCGUGGCAGCUCGGCCAUCCCGAAUUCCCUGGAGCGCGGCCGCAAACGACAUGCAUGCGACGAGUGCUCGAGACUGAAGAUCAAGUGCGACAGCAAUGUUCCGUGCCGGAAAUGCAAGGAAUUCGGGAGGGAGUGUGUCAGGAGUCGGGUUAUAGCCGCUCCAAGUCCAGAGACGGCGACGACCGCUUCCAGUACUCCUGAAAUCUCGGGUUCUGAUCGCAACUCCAUCGGCUUUCUGCUUAAUUUCCCCGGCGAGACCGAUUUCAUUCGCGAGUUCCCAAAAGAUACGACGUUAAGCCCCCAGAGUAGCAAGGCAGAAGUCCUUCCUAGCCUGGUUGUGCUGAACGGAUCCGAGCCUAAGGUUCGAGAAUUGCCAGGACCUAUCCCCGUAUCUAAAGGAUUCGAAAAUGCACCGAUGGAAUCAAACUUGGACGCUUUCCUCGGCCAUCUCGAGUCCGGAGCAUUCGAACGACAGAGACACAAUUGGCCGAUGGCUGGCGAGAAUAAAGUAACGUGGUCGGGGCGCGACAUCCCAUCCCUCGAUCGAAUAGUGCUUGAGCAAAGGGCUUUUGAGAUUAGGGAUAGGUUGAAAUAUACGGCGGCAACAAUGAACCAGCCGAACGGGCCUUCACAGGAACUGCUGGACGCCAUUGAGUCAAUCACCGCAAGGAAUAUUGGCACCUGGUGCAGAUUGUAUUUCAGGCAUUGGCAUAAGCAUGGACCUUUGGUGCAUGAAGCCACAUUUGAUCCAGUCAAGGCUGCGUUGCCUUUAGUGUUAGCUUUAAUGAGCAUUGGUGGGAUGUAUUCAACAGAGAAGGACGAAGUACAGAAGCUCAAGCUUCUACUCGAUACAAUAGAAGCCUACAUCUACUCAAUACCAGGGUUAAACGACGAAUACGAUCUACCCGGUCGGAAAUAUGUCAAACACGGAGAAGAUUCAUCCUUUGAAUGGCAAUACUACCAAUUAGAGGAACUACAGGGCGCUUAUCUCAUGCUUGUGCUACAGUAUUGGACUGGGAAUGCCAUCGCAAGAACAAGAGUCCGGCAACAAAGAUUUAGCAGGAUUGUUGCUAUAUUUUAUCACUUGGAACUGCAUACUAUUCAGCAUUCUCCAGACUUCGUUAUCAAUGAUCAGCAAUCAUUUCGAUGCUGGAUCCUGAAAGAAUCAUACCUUCGCAUGGUUGCUCUCGCAACAAUGCUAGACAAUGCUUUUGGCAUUUUUAACAAUGCAUCCCCGCGUUUUCAAUGGGCAGAUAUUGAUUUUGCCUUUCCAAGCGGUGAUCGCUAUUUUAGAUUAGCAAAUUACGAGGAGCUCAUAGCGACGCGGUCAUCUCCUACAAGGAGGAUGAAGGUCAAAGAUGCUUUUUUGAUUCUGUUCUUGCCGCCCGAGACUUCGAAGUUAGGGGCUUUGAGGGAUGACAAACCUUCAGCAUUAGAUAUGCACAUGCUGAUGCACUUCCUUUACACUUACAUCUGGGCCCACACAUUUGGCAACCCGCUCGUCUCCCUCCCCACCACCAACCUACACACCGUGAUCCUCCCCUUCAAAACCGCCCUCUGGAACUGGAAGACCAUCUGGGACGAGAUCAAAACCUCCUAUACCGACAGCGAAUGGGAGAAACUAGGAUUCCAACGAACGGCCCAGACGUACUACGAAGCGCUGGGUGCCUUACUGAAUGUAUUUGAGCGCACGGGAGGAAGGAUUGAGGCCAUGAAGGGCGAUUGUGAGCGAGGCAGCCAUCUGAAAAAGUUGCUCAGUAUAGCACUCUCGGAAGACGAGGUGAAGGAAAAUUGGGAAUUGGGAUUCGGGGAGUUUGAGUUAUAG